AUGUCGGGCACCACAAACAGCUGGCUCGCGAGGCAGCGCAAGUCGGAUUUGGUUGAGUUGGCGAAGGAGAUCGGUCUCACUGGCCUUGAUGGUCUGAAGAAGAGCGAUAUCGAACAACAGCUCGACAACUUCCUCUCCCAGAACGCGAACCGUUUCUCCUCCGACUCGCGCUUCACCUCCUACUUCAACAGCCGCGCUCGCCAGUCGCCCAUUAAGCGCGAAAGCGAUGUGACCCCCAACCGAGCUCCCAGGCGGAGGGCCACCAACAAGGUCGAGGUCGAGAUUCCUGCUGCUACCAUUGAAGAGUCCGACUCCAUCCCAUCCACCACAUCCCCAUCCCCCGAGCCCGAUUCCAAGCAAGCUCCCGCGCCCUCGGAAGUCCUCCAAGCUGCCGCUCAAGUAACCCAAGACGCUAUCGUCUCCACCGCCCAAUCCGCCGUCCAGAACGUCCAGAACCCAGGGCAUGCGCUCUCCCAACUCAACAACACCUUCUCCACCUCCACCCUUCGCUUGCCCGCCUCCCAAGCCGAGCUCGUGCAAGUCGUCGAGUCCGGCACCGUCGCCGUGCGCAACCGCGUCACGGACCUCUACCAACGCUCCGGCAUCCACGAAAAGGCCGAGACCGUCCGCGAGAGCCUGUCCACCGUUAACAGCAUCGCCGUCGCCGUCGCCGCCUUCGAGCUCUACUUCCUCCGCAAGGAAGUCAUCCCCGACCGCUACGCCUUCACCAUCCCCGCCGUCAAGCUUCUCGGAGGCAUGCUCGGCUGGGAUGAGUACCCCGUCUACGUUCCCGACAUGUUCGCUUUGGUGACGGCCGGGUUCUGGAUCCCCGCUUUGGUGUGGACUACCACUAGCUUGAUCCUCCCUUCAUUGUUUGGUUACUUCUUCAACUUGUCGGUGGCGCACUCGAAUUCGUUCUCUACCAACUCGGGCCCGACGACUAGGAGACAGAGCAGGGAGUUGAGCAAGCGGGAGCCGGAGUACGCGGUUGAUCCGGUCACGUUCUCGAUUGUUAAGGCGUUGAUUACCUAUGUGGUGUAUGCCCAGGGCGUGACGCUCGGUGGGUGGUUGGAUUCUGAUGCCGUCGCGAGGAUUAAUGGAGCCUUAUACAGUGGGUGGAAGGGCGUGUUGGUUGGUGCGGCGGUGACGGGUGUUGCUGGGCUUUAUGAUGCUGUGCUGAGGAAGUAA